GGUCGUCUUCUUUGUCAUUGAACAAAUCACCCGUCGAUCAGCUGACGGAUAUAGGUGUCGCCACAAUAUUCUAUAAAGCUCCGAAAGGAUCGUCUGGAAUUUAGUUGCAAUGUCAGUUUAGGUCGGUUAAUUUUUCCAGACGGAAAUCGAAGUUUAAAGAUCCGCACGAGCCUAGACUGGUCUGUCCACUUUUGACAGCAGCAAGCAAGAUGUCGGGAAAAGUUAAAGCCAGGACGUCAGCAAAUACCGCCGAUUCUGCCACGCAAACCGUAAAUGAAAAAAUUCUGAAAGAGUGUCAUAGUUUGUACAUUGAUCCCGAAAAUGGAUUGGUAAGAAUUGGUGAAAGUUUGGGCCUGUCAUUGUUGGCACCAAGAAAGAAAAUUACAGUUCUUCUGAUUGGGAACCAUUCUGCUGGUAAAAGUUCCUUCAUCAAUUGGUAUGUGGAGGAACAUGUUCAGAGAACUGGUGUUGCCAUAGAAACACAAGGCUUUACUUUUGUAACAAGUGGAAGAAAACGGGAAUCUUUAACAGGAAAUGCAACUCUUCAUUUAUAUCCUCAUUUUGAGCCGUUAAGACAGAUUGAUGGUGUUAUUGACUAUUUAACUACAGAAAUCUCCACAUCUAAACAGAAGAAAUUUAGUUUGGUUACGUUUGUUGAUACACCAGGAUUAGUUGACGGUGAUAUGAAAUAUCCUUUUGAUGUCAACGACUCCAUUGCUUGGCUAGGUGAUUUAGCUGAUUUGAUCUUUGUGUUUUUUGAUCCUAUUGGACAAGCUUUAUGUAAGAGAACGUUGAAUAUUGUAGAGAAAUUAAAUGAGAAACAUGCGGAGCGAAUUAGAUUUUAUUUAAGUAAAGCUGAUGAAGCUGGUCAUGAAAGUGAUAGACAGAGAGUUAUGAUGCAGAUUGUACAGGAACUAUGUAAGAGACCUGGAUUAAAUAAAACAGGAUUCGACAUGCCAACAAUCUAUGUACCUAAUAUGAACAAUAAGGGUAGUCGAUGUGCCAAUCAGAUAGAAGAAGUUUGUAAGGAUAUAGAAAAAACGAUAAAUGGUACUAUACAAACAACGCUGAAUCAGUUAGAGAAAAACUGUGAUCAGAUUGCGGAACUAGUUGAAGAUAAAUUACAGAAAAACAGUGAACAAACAUCAGCUAAUCUGCGAGCACGUGUACGAGGUUUAUGUUACAGUAUGAUUGGUAUGUUAUUACCAUUGUUAUUACUAGCAACAUUUCUGAUCUCAACCAGUCAUCAACUACUUAGUUCAGUUGUAGGAGAAUCCAUUGUUGUCACCAUGAGUGUAUAUCUGGGUCCAUUGGCAAAAGCAUGGCAAAAGAUACCAGAAGCUUAUACUAAUUAUGUUAUUAUUGGAAUUCUUAUAUUAGCUUUGAUAUUACUGGUUAUAGCCAAAUUAUCAUCAAGAACAAGUCCAACAUUAAGUAGGAAACAGAAAAGAAAUCUGUUAGAAGUUCGUGAUUAUGUUCAGGGUACUGUCAAAUCCAAAAAGCAAACUUUAUACCAGGAAUAUUUACAACAAAGUGUCGCAGAACAUGAUAUGUAAAGAAAGAAGCUAACAACAUUAUCAGUACAUCGAGUCAUCCUAACUCAUAAAUAAUUUAACAAUUCAGAACAAUUCAUUCUUUCAACAUAGCAAUUUUACUUUUAAACAGUGUGUUUCUUUUAAUCUUUGAGAAUUUAUUAAAAUUUUGAUGUUGAAACCUAUCCAUGUAUUUGAAUAGAUUGGAAUUUUUUUUUUUCAUUUUCUUCAUAAUCUAUCUCUAUACAAUCAGCAGCCCAUGUGUUAAGCCAUCAUUUCAUUUAUUAACAUGUAUACUAAGGCAGCAAAUAUUUCUCUUGUAUUCAGUUGAGUCAUCAUGUGUAUCAUGCAAUAUUAUGUCUUAUUUUAGUACUAUGCGAAAACAAAAGUAGCCUAUAUGCUCAAGAUAUCUGUAUGAAUGUAAAGUUAAAAUUGUUUCAAAAUAAUUUAAGCACAGGCUUUUCCGUAUGCUCAAUAAAACCAUUGGAGCAUGUUAAACUGAAAAAUAUAAAUAAGUAAGCAUUAAUUGGAAAUGAAAAUAUAAGGUGAAGAUGACAAGAAAAAUGCAAAUUUGUGAGGGCUAAGUAUAGUAUUUUAGUUAGCUUAGAGAUUAUUUUCAAUAGAUAAUUGCAUUUUUCGGGGUAACUAUGUGCACACCUUAAUUUCCAAUGUCUGUUCGAAAACUUAGAUGGACAGUGGUUUCAUUAACUUAAUUUUUCGUCUUUGAUCAAAAAGUAGAUUAUAGAACAUGAAACUAUUUUUCAUUCAACCUUAAUUAAAUCAUUCAUCUAUUUUACGUGCUAUCAGUAGUUUUAUGUAUAUGUAUGCAAUAUUCAUAUUUUCAUCUGUUGUGCAUGGAAUUCAUACGGAGCAUUGAAGGCGUGCGAUAGGUGCACAAUCCAUGCCAAGAUUGUCUUCCUUCGAUUGUCACGUGGCUUAUUUCCUCAAAGGCAACUUACUGGACCUGUUAUGAAUAAUCAGCAAACUUGUUUUGUUUUUUUACCGGAAUAUCAAAAUCACUGUAACUCGUGCUAAUUACUCGGAUUAUGAACCACAUGACCGAUUCUCACUAAGUUAGGAUGGUUAUUGUAGCCGACAAGCAAGUUGAUCGACUACUUAAUUAACAAGUAAUAAUUAACCCGUUGUAAUUUAGCCGAAAGUAGAUUGAUUUAUGAUACCAUAGUGACCGGUUCAUUGUUUUACUAAUCGGCUUGAUUGAACUUCAAGCAGCUAAAACAGACAAAAAACAGCUGAUUAUGAUCCCUGGUUAUGCAGUUGUUUAAAUAUUUAUCAAAUUAACCAGAGUAUGUCUGAUAUUAUUAAUUAUUAAAUGUGUUAUAAAAUAUUUGCUCAAAUUUUAUUCCAACUAUGACUGUAGAUAUUUGUUCUUAUACUAAUGAGUAAACAAUUGUACAGAUUUCAUCAUAAAUACUUUUUGUGGAAAACCGGAGUGAUAACAAUAGUCAGAACAUUUUUAUUUUGUAUUUCAUUAGAUAGAUUUACGACAGUCAUCAUCUAUAUUGUGCGCAUGCAUCCACUCAAUUGGUUGUAGGGCAGACAACUGUGUGACUCGUUUAUAUUUUUAUUUAUGAGUAUGAUAUUAGACAAAAUCCACUAUUCUGACAUAUGCACAGCAAGCAUCAGAGUUAUCUAAGAUCAGGCAUAGUGUUAUAAAAAAUCUGUUUCGAAUCCCCGGUUCUACGUGGCAAGGAGUAGGGUCGCCUGUCCAACCUCGUGGGUUUUCUCCGGGUCCUCCGGUUUCCUCCCACUGCUAAAGACCCCUACGCGCAAGCGAAUUGUGUAAAUAUAAUUAAACCUCGUUUGUGUCGAGUGGACGUUAAACCCCAUUUCUCUCUCUCUCUCUCUAUAAAAAAAUCCUAUAUGCUAAAGUGACAUGCGCAUGCACAGUCGAUAAUAGUGACUUUCAUCUGUUAAUGCAUAUUUCUGAUAGUGAUGUACAUCGUAAAAAUAAAUGGGUUGAAUCUAGUCAAUUUGUUAUUUGCUGAGAAGACUUCCAUAAGAACAUAAUUCAUUUUCAUGUUUUAUUUACUGUUUGUUUCAUAAAGCGUCCGCAAAUGAUAUAAAUUCAUAAAUAAGUACUUAUAAAAUACAAUUGUUUAAAGGGCAGCAAGUACAAAGGUGAUGGGUGUCUGGUACAGGGCUCUCAUUUCAGUUACAUCUUGACUCGAUCACUGGCUGGAGAAUUGUCAGUCAUAAAAUUAGAAUUCCAAAGAAUUUAACCAUAAAGCAUAAAUAAACUUAAAUUGUGUUAAAAUAGUUAAAAAUAUAUAUAAAACUGGGAUAAUGCUUUGAAAAAAAUAUGGUGCUCAAAUCUGAGGUGAACAAAACAUGUCAGAUAUUUUGAAAUGAAAGCCCUGGUGUGGUAGACCUUAGAUUUAAUUUCUCCAUAAUACUGUUUGUAUUUGAAGCUUUGGAAAAUUUUUAAUCUGGUACUUAUGAUAUAUUGUAAAAGUAUGAUGAGUGAUGGAUUAGAUAAUAGUUUUUUCAUAUAUUAUAUGUUAUAUUGAAUGUUAAUCUCUCUUAAAGGCAGCUAAAUGUGAGUAAGAGGUGACAUGUAUUAUUUUCGAUAUUAUUAAAGAUGUUAAUAAAGUUACUACUGCAAGAUUAA